UUGUUUCGCAGCCCUCGACCAAGCUCGUAUCGAUUUCGACCAACGAAACGUCAUCGGACCGCGAUGGAUCGCUUCCUGCUUUUCGUCCUGUUGUUCACCGUUUUGCCGUUCACAAUACAAGAAACAGUGGAAGAGGGAGGCUGCAAAUGCGCGGUAUUUUCCAGGCAAAUAUCGAAAUCAAUCAUUGAACGUGCCAUUCCCUAUAACGUCACGUGCGACAGCGAAGGGGAGGAGAAGUGUCAACAAUUGUGCGUUGCUUUGGCCGAGAGCGCUAGGGACCAGGCACCGCAAAUGAUUUGCAAAAAGCUGAAUAACAACGUGGAAAAUCUUCAAGUCGCCGUAUACGCGAAAGUGUGCGAAGCGACCAGCUGGAAAUUCACAGGUUUGAAAGCAGCGGAUCCAAUUUGCUGCCACGAGGGGAAAAGCAUAGCUUGUGACGAGCCACUCCCGAUGAUCGAAAACUAA